CAACUUUAAAAACUGAGGACGCUGCCUUUCUCUACGCCAAACAUGUCAGUGGGAACCAAUUUCUCAGUGCGGACAAGCUCCGUCAAAAUUACCCAACGCCUGCUUUCCUCUUCCCUGCUGUCAAUCUCAAAGGACAUAGAGCUCGUUGGAGCCCUGACUGCUUCUCCUAAAUCAAGCUUCUUGUUUCUCUCAAGAAGUGAUGUCUCAUAUGAAGACGAGUGCCUCAUUGCAGUCAACUAGCCUCAGGGGGGGAUUUACUGUGAGAACCUGUUGGGAUCAUUUCCUCGGCUUCUCAACGACUCGGGCAAAGUCAUAUCAACGCAGGGAAGUUCGUUUAUACUGUUUUAAGGUUUCUAUAUGGAUUUCAUUUUGUGGAUCUUUUUGAAUGUCGCAAUUUUUGGUUCCGCUUAUCAUCUGAAGCUUUGAUUUUUAUUUUUAUUUUUGUUUUUUUACCAACAUGAAAGGAAAAAUUAACAUUAGAAUAGAGAAGAACCAGUUGGUAUCUGUUAGUUUUUAAUUACUUUGUAGCUUAGUUGAGUUUAGCAGUUUGCUUUACUUUCCAGAGAAUGGAAACGGAGGGCCAUAUAAAUGUUUGAAGUUGAAGCUUUAACCUUGCAGAGGCUUUAAUCAAAAUUGUCAUCUGAAAGCUUGAGUUUGUUAGUUGGCAGCUAGUUUGGUUACCUUUUUAAAAUUUAAGAGAUCAUUACUGUGUAAUUUAUGAAUAAAUCUCGCAAAGUGAACUAUUUGAGUGGCUGAUUUAGUUGGUAGUGAAGGACAGAACCUCUUUAGUGGUAUUAAAUACUGGGUUGAGUCGAUAAUGUUCUUCUCAUCAUUUAGCAAAGGUCCUGACUUCCAGACUAAAUUCUUUUAAAUGUUAAGAAAGAUUAUAAAUCAAUUUGGCCUAGUGGUUAAUCCUUAAACGUUUUUUAGGUCUUUAUAUCUCUUACAUAACAUGUAUGAGAACAAUGGGUUGAUUUUUAUUAUUCAAAAUGAGAUUUUCAUUCAUCAUGUGGAGGAAGGACUAUCAUAAACUAUUUUUUGUUCACCAUGGUUCAUUUACUCUGUAUCAAGUUUCUUAAACUCUGCAUUUUCAUUUGAUGAGCCAAAAUUAAAUAGCUGUCUUUUUGAUCUAGCUGAGUACUUCUCAUUCCUUUUAAGUAUUUAGACAUUUUUCAAAUUCGAGCUCUGGGGCUGCAGUCAGUCCACAUUGGGGCUCCAUUUUCCUAAUUGACUUGAUCAUGACACAAGUGGUCUGAUGAUUUUGACCAAGUCACACAAAGUAGCUUCUAAGCUUGUGCAAGCCUUUACUAAUCACUGGGCUUGUAAAUCAUA